AUGUCUACCACGCAUUCAACGUCUCCAACCGCUGGUCAAAGCUCCCAUCCAGUCGGGUUCAACCAGCAAACGUACUACGACCCAUUCUUCCCAUCUUCCCCAAGCGAGGAACAGCUGGUCCAAAUAGACGGUGAACAUUCUCCAAGUCACUACUCCUACCAGGCUAAAUCACCACCGCCUCAUACCUCCACGGCCGACGACGCCAGCCCUUGGCAUUCCAAAACCCCUCCCCACAACUACAACCACCUACAACUGUCCUCACAAACCCUUGCCUCCAACAGCUUCCAUUCGCCCGAUUCUCCGCAUUCCGAACUGGAAUCCGAGAAUCCAAAUGCUGCUCAUGCCUUCUUAAGCCCUAAUGCAUAUGUAUCGGACAAUGGAUACAGCGGGUCGAGCGAGCAUACUACAAGUCCAGACUUUGGCAGCGGCUUCUACUUAGAAGACGACUUUGGCCUGCUGGAGAACCCAAACCAGGACGUCGGUUUGAAUGAUCCGGCCUCGUUUCAGAACAGCCACCUGCCACAGGACAGCGCGGAUAUCGACAGCCCACACAACUCUAAUUACACACGCACCUCCCUCGGAGCUGCUACCCUCUCAUCACAUCUUAUGAGCCCCGUUUUGACGAAUUCCGACGCACCUGGAUCAAGACAGGCCACCGCCAGUCCACCAGCGAUGGAGGGAGGAUAUGCCAAACACGAGUUAUUUCCCGGAACGAUGCCUCCCGGGUAUUCUAUCAAUGACAUGCAGCAAGGGAAUGCGAACCAGGUUCAAUCCAUCAGCGCAGUGCAACAAACAACGCCGACCCUGACAGAAAGUUCGAAAGGCACAAGCCCCGACCUCUCCUCUGCUGUGCCACAUGUCAUGCGCCCACCAAGUCCUGUUGUACGCAUCGAGAGCUAUACCCGAGGAGACUCCCCAGCUCGGGGAGCGGCGCUGCUAGGUCGGAGCGGCAGCAAACGGAGUCGGGCCGGAAGCGCCUCGUCACACCUUGCUGUACAAAAUGAUCAGGAUGACUAUGAAGAGGAUGAUGAUAUGCACAGUAGGGGCGCGUCAAUCGGUGGCCGAUCAGGCCUGGACCCCGAAUCGAGAUUUCAAGUCAGCAACAUAGACUUACCUAACCUCAGGGACCAGGAGGAGAAUGCGCAGAUAGCAAUGAAGAACACAGAUGUGGCGGAAUGGCUUGCCGGUAACGAGCCGGGUAGCGAGGAUGCGCAUGAUGCUGCACCACGGAGGCCGUCACAGACGAACAAACGGCAAAGGGCGAGGAGUACGGGAGCUCAGAGCCUGUCACAUGCCAACUUGGAGAGCUUCAAAGCUUCUGUUGUAGACGCGCAUAUACCUGGACCUGGAGUACUAAUAAAUGAGGAAAGUGGCGACGAGGAUGAAGAAGAUGAAGAUGAGGCAGCAAGUAUCGACGAUUCGCCUCCACCAACCACAGCAUUAGGCGAGCCUGUCAAUGACACCCCUGGAGAGGCCAAACCUGGGGUAUACGAUGAGCUGCCCAACCAACCCCCGCUCUACCGUGCGAAAGUAUGGCAAGACCCGCUCUACGAUAGUUCAGACCCUGGUAUUAAGACGCAGCCAGAAACCGCGAACGCUGCCAUCAUGAGAUUUCAAGAGCGAGCUGGAGAUAUCGAGACACUCUCUCGUGUUGCUACGUGGGGCACACGUCGCCUCAGCGAGUCAGACCUCGAGGGCCUAUUUCGCCAUUUCACUUUCAAUGAGAAGCUUGCCGAAAAGAUCAAAGGGAAACGUGAGAGGAGCAGUAGCUUUCUUCAGCAAGCAGCUGCGAAGCUCGUACCAAGAAGAGCAAGUAUGUUGAAGCGCGAAGAAAGUGAUGCAUCAAACCAGCAAGCGGCUCGUCCGUCACCGCUGGAACAUUCAAGAAAUGACAGUUCUGGAAGCCGCAAGGAUAGCCUGGGGAUUCCACAAACACCAAAAGGACUUCAAAGAAUGACGAGUUUAGGCAAAAGGCCCAAAUCGCCUAGGAUCAACACUGGGAGUGCUGUGGCCGCAAUGGCCUUCCAGGCUGGCGCUCUUGGCGCUGGCGGUUCUGUCAGCGCAACGGCGACAUCUUCUCCUACUGGGUGGCCGACGCCGAAGAACCAGUUGAAGCGUCCCAGGAGUCGCAAUGAUAUGAAUGCCCUGGGUCUCCAGAGACCUUCCUCGUCAAAUACGGAUCUUGGUCUAGCUGAACUUUGGAACAAGCAAGGAGGACCCCCACUACCAUCGCUUGCAGCGCCUGUCAAGAAUGAAGAUUCAUACCUUAGCCUUCAGGACGCUGAGGACGAAGAUGAAGAGGAAGGAGCUGAAGACGCUGGUGUCACAAUGGACCUAUCUAUCCGACCUGAUACGAUCGUUCCCACACUCGACGGCUUCAAGUCCAACAUACGACAACUUAAUCCAAGGUUACCUCUAUUCAUGUUUGAUCGAAUCGCGCAAGAGCAAUUACGACGGUUCAAGAAGCUCAUGGAUUUCAAGAUCAAGCAUGCACAGGCACUUAGCAUAGGUAAAUGUCAAUCUGGUAAACAUUGCACCGAGUUGGGAGGUGAGCCCACAUACCUGCCAUCGAAGUCAAGCGGCAGAGAGCCUGAGAUGACUCACACCGGUCUCUCGGUCGCUGGCCUGGGACAGUCUGAUGAGGACGUGAACGCCUUGGCCGAAGGGAUUGUUACCCCUGCACAGUUUCCUCCAGGGGUACCCAUGCCACCUGUCAAACGCCUCCCCGCAGAGUUCGAAUGCUCGCUAUGCUUCAAGGUCAAGAAGUUCCACAAGCCAUCCGACUGGUCAAAACACGUCCAUGAAGAUGUCCAGCCUUUCACCUGCACCUUCGCCUCUUGUGCCGAGCCCAAGUCUUUCAAGCGCAAGGCCGAUUGGGUCAGGCAUGAGAAUGAAAGGCAUCGCCAGUUGGAGUGGUGGAUGUGCAACAUGAACGAUUGCUCGCACAAAUGUUAUCGCAAAGACAACUUCGUCCAGCAUUUGGUUCGAGAACAUAAGCUUCCUGAGCCCAAGGUGAAGACGACCAAGAACGGCAAGCCUGCUGUACGAGGUCCGUCAAGCCAGAAGGCUCGCGUCAAGCACGGAGAUGAGGAGGACUCCAACGACGAGAUCGACCAAGUAUGGAAGCUUGUUGAGGAAUGCAGGCAUGAGACGCCAAAGAACCCUAAAGACGAAGCUUGCAAGUUCUGUGGCAAUAUCUGCAACAGCUGGAAGAAGCUUACUGUGCAUCUCGCCAAGCACAUGGAACAGAUCAGCAUGCCGGUCCUUGGGGUUGUGAGGCAGAAAGAGGUCACAUCCGAGACUAUCAUUAGCCCCAUUGAACAGCGUGUGAUCUCUCAGCAGAACAGCAUCUCGCCAACUGCACAGAGUCCGUUCACUCACACUAGCUCCUCUUCCAUUUCUCCAUUUGGUAUGCCAGUGGGAAGUGUAGGUGAAUUACCUACUGGAUUUACUGCGAUGACACCUCAGAACAGUUACUUUGCAGGAGCAACGGAGCCACAGACCAUGAACUACCAGCAGCGAGUCUCUCCAAAUACGUACCCUCCACCAGGUCAUGCACGACACCUGGCCGCAAGUUACGCCCAGCAGCAUCGUGGAAGUGCAAGCGGAAGCCCGUUUCCCAUGCCGCACUCGCAUACUCCUCUGUCCCACUCGCAAGCUCCAAUGUCGGACUAUAAUAGCUCCUUCGGUGCAUCACCAGCACCUCAAUUCAACCCGGUCAACGCAAGCAGCAGCGGCUUUACCCAUCCUCAGCAGGCGCAGCCUCCAACUCAAAGCCCCGAAAACAUACAUGGCGGCCUCAAGCCACCUACCUCCCAACCACGUGCGAUGCCUUACGACAACGGCGAGGGGUUUCAAUAUGUGCCUCAGCAACAGCAGGCGUUUAGUCCAAUUGAAGGGAAUGCUUACCAGUUUGGCAAUGCGACACCCAGCUCGUACCCGCAACUGCAGACUUCUCCACAGCCCCCGUUCACACAACAUUCACCUCCGCCAGCGUCGUACCAGCAACAGACUUCUCCGCAGCCUCCAUAUCAGCAACAAAGGAGUCCACCAAGCUCAUACUCGCAACAACAGCAGCACAUGGGUGCCCCCGCACCAUCGUACACUACACACCAAAGCUCGAUCAGCGGCGGAUUGCCAAUGACAUACGAUCAAAUGGGGCAUAUGCAGGGCUACCCGCAAGGAGGCCAUAAUGCACCUUUGUAUAAUCAUCAACAGCAACAGCAACAGCAACAGCGUCAACAAGGUUACCCAUAUGAUGAAUGA